GACAGCUCAUCUCGUCGCCACGCUGCUGCCACGGGCUCUGUUCACGUGAACAUCUGCAGCUUCUGACGCCCACCGCAACAGCUUGGGUCAGAUUGCUUCAUCCACCAGUGCAUCUACAUACUGCUGCUCCAUACAAUCGGCACCAGCUCUCACAAUCAUGCUUAUCCAAGAAACCCACAAAGAUGUGCCCACCAAAGCCGGCGGCGACAUGCGCGUCUUCAUCUUCCACCCCACAAUUCCAAACUAUCCUCGAGCAAAAUUCCCUGGUGUAGUUGUCUUCAGCGAAAUCUACCAAGUUACCGGUCCAGUCCAACGAUUCGCUCGACAGAUUGCUUCCCAGGGCUACAUUGUCGCUGCACCCUCUUCCUAUCAUGAAUUCACUGGCCCUGAACCUCUGGCCUAUGAUGGCCCAGGCACAGACAAAGGAAACGAUUGGAAAGUGGCUAAGAAAGUCGAAGCGUAUGACGAGGAUGCUACCCUUUCGAUUGAUAUUCUCGUGGGGAUGGAAACGUGCAACGGGAGGAUUGGAGCUACGGGAAUGUGUCUUGGUGGACAUCUUGCUUUCCGUGCAGCCUUCGACAAGCGUGUGAGAGCUACGGUCUGCUACUUUGCUACUGAUAUACAUUCUAGCACUCUGGGCGAAGGCAAGAAUGACGACUCAAUCAAGCGUGUCAAGGACAUCAAGGGCGAGCUAAUCAUGAUCUUUGGGAAGAGGGAUACCCACGUCCCGCCUGCUGGAAGGGAUCUGAUCAGAAAGACUUUGCAUGAUGCAGGUGUUGUGUUCAGUUUCUACGAACCGGCUUGGGCUCAGCACGCUUUCAUUCGAGACGAACUGAGUAAGGGAAGGUAUGAUCCGGCCUUGGCUGGCAUUUGCUUUCAGAUGCUGUUGGAGUUGUUUGGGAGGACGCUUGGGGGUGACCUGGGACCACUCGUCAGCGAGACGGGAGAGGUUGAGGACGUCUGCUAGAGACUUAUUUCUACCAUCGUGGCAAACCACAAUCCCAAUUGUAGAUCCAACGGUGAGCAUGUAGUGGAGUUUGAACUCGAAAAUCUGGGCGCCACUUUUAUAAUAACUACAGGUAGUCAGAGCUCCAACUGACUGGUGAGCA